AGUCCCGGGGGCGAGCUGCAGGGUUGGGGGGAGAGGCGACAUGGGAGUGCACCUCCUGCAGAGGUACCCGAGCUGAGCGACGGGGUUCCAGUACCCAGCCCCGGGUCGGUGGGAGGCGUCGUUACUGUCUGUGGCCUGCAAACUGAGGUGCGCGGGCCGAUACGGGUGGACGUCCGAGCGCUCCUGUACCAGGACGUGUGCACUACGAGCUUCGCAGACUGCGGAUUCGAGGCAGCUUGAUGUUCCGGUGGUUGCUCGGAGGCUCGACUAAGGAGGAGGGUAUCAAGAAACUGAUAAUGUUUCCUUGAAUUCGCUUAUGUAUUUGUUUCAUCAAUGUCCCUCAUAUUGAAUAUCUUAAGAGAAAUACUGGAAUAUUUUGGUGUCCCCAUAGACCAGGUUUUGCAGAUUAGAGAAAAUAAAGACUAUGGAUCAGCUCGGAGUAUUGUUCGUAUUAUUGGGAAAAUUCUUCCUUUAGAACCUUGUCCCAGGCCUAAUUUUGAGUUAAUCCCACUGUUGAACUCUGUAGACUCUGGUAACUGUGGAUCUGUAGUUCCAUCUUUUGCUGAUACUUUGUGUGUGGCAAAUGAUGAAGAAGCCAGUUAUCUCAGAUUUCGAAGUAGUAUAUGGAAACAUGAAGAAGAGGAGAAAAUGGAAUUUUUCCAUUCUUUGCAACCAGUUUGGAAUCCAUUGUCACCUGCUCUUAGACAGAAUAAACGAAUGAAAAGUGACGGGCCUGUAGGUGAAGCAACAUUUAAAAAGAUAGCUGCCCUCGAAGAGGAGCUGACUUUUCUCCGUACUCAGAUUGCUGCGAUCGUGGGAAGGCAGGAACCGAGAGCCAGAGCCAGCUUCUUUGACUUGAAUGACGAGCCUAGCAGUGUGGGACAAAGACCGUCACCAGGGACUGCUGAACUGAGUGCCCAACCAGAUCCAUUUUCAAGUUCAGUGCUUUUUCCACCCCACCCCCUCCCUCCUCCUCCUCCUCCUCCACUGCCCCCUCAACUUUUUUCUCCACAGCCUGCAUGUUCUCCUCUCACACAGCCAGGAUCUAAUAACAUGUGUGACUCAGAUAAUUCAGCAAAUGAAAUGAAAAAACAGCACCCACGUGAUAGUAAGACCAAUUACAGUCAUUCAAAAAACCAUGAUGUUCCAAACAUGUUGGAUGUUCUAAAGGACAUGAAUAAGGUUAAGCUUCGUGCUAUUGAACGGUCACCUGGAGGUAGACCCAUUCAUAAGAGGAAAAGACAAGAUUCACAUUGGGAUCCGGCGUCUUUGAUAUCCCAUGCGCUUAAGCAGAAGUUUGCCUUCCAAGAAGAUGAUUCCUUUGAGAAAGAAAAUAGGUCUUGGGAAUCUUCUCCAUUUUCUAGUCCAGAAACUUCAAGAGUGAGCUAUAAUAACGUAAAGCUAAUGUUUUGAUUUUCUGAAGUGUGUUGUUCAUCAUCUGUGGCCGCCUUCAGGGUUCCUUGGAGCGCUUGCGCAGAAUGGGCCAUGCACUUGUGUGCCAGUACCGCCCAGGUUUCUCAUGUUUCUGUUCACGUUCACACAUUCCUUUUCGCUUUUAGCUUACUAUGAAGUCUUUUGAAAUAAAACACUUGAUUUGAAAAAAUACUUGUGCGUGAGUUGGUCAAGGUUUCUCCUGCCAGGUUGCUAACUGCCCUCGCUGUCUGCAGUUGGACGGGGGUGUCUGAAACUCGGAGAGACCAAAGAACAGCCACAGACUCAACCUCCCCAGAGUGAAAUGAAGACUCCCACUAUUUUUCCUCAAAUAUAAAGACUGGGUUAUUUAGUUAAAUAGAAUGUUAACAGUGCUUUUAAAAAGGCAACUGGGAUCAUAAUCAUCUUCAAUGACAAUGCUUCUUGGUUGUUUAAAGGGACACAUGCCUGUAUUUCAAACACUUGACCCUUGAGAUUGUCUUUUUUAAAUUUAAUUUUAUUAUGUAAGUCAAUCAGAGAAGGACAUGUAUCAUAUGAUCUCACUGAUAGGAGGAAUUCUUGAUCUCAGGAAACGGCUGCUGGAGAUUGCUUAUUGGAAGUCCCUUUUCUUUAAUUCAGACAUUAGUUUGGGGGGUUGCUUUUCCCAUCCCACGGCUUA